UCAACCGAUGUGUCGCCACUUUCAAUGUCACCCAAACCAAAUCCUUUUUUUUUGUUUUAUGGUGCCCAACGACUUACCUCUAUCAAUUCUUUCCGUUGCAGACAAAAGAAUAAGAUGACUAUCUAUAUCCUACUACUGCUGAGCGUCUACGCGGUCGCCUUCGAGACUACAAUUUGUAACUGCAAGGAUCCGAUACGACAAGAACAUCUACGAAUCGAUGACGACAAAUGUCAGCCAAUUCGCCGCCCGACUCAACGCAACGCAGACUACGCUGUUUGGACCGAUAGAAAAGAUGGAUUGAAAGUGCGCGGAUAUUGCCCGACAAACGUGCAGUCGACACAACGGAAGCCGAAUGUAAGAUCAUGGCACAAACCAAACGUUGUGACGAAAUGCCGAUGAAAUUUGCCGACGGAAAAUGGCUUUACGUGCCAGAACCAUCGGAAAGUGGUGCGUGGAUGCGCACUAUAUCGACUCAAGUAUUGAACUGCAUGGUGGAAGAAACUAUAAUUCUACAAGAAGAAAACGAUUUGAUCGACACACCAUUGGGACGAGCUAACAUCUCAGAUGGCGUACACACGCAUAACCACAUGACUUUAAUUUGGGAUGUGGCCGAUGCAGAUCGCAUCGCACACACACCGCGGCUUCUCACACAAGGCAAGGCAACAAUAACUCAAACAUCUACAGCAACAACUUUCAAAUUGGAAGACGACUCCAAUCAACUAGCAUAUCACAUCACGCAUACUGACCGUUGUAUAAUGGUAAACUGCGAAUCUACUAACAAUACUUUCGCAGUAGCUGGUGACAAGCAUUUGUUCAUCGUCAUUCUCAAAUUGGGAAGCGAAGGCAAUAAAACAUCUGACCUUAUUCUCGACCGUACGGCCAGCAAACCUACAAAAGAAGAGCUCGAGUACAUCAGAAUACGGGACGACUAUUAUAGCUAUCCUGAAGAUAAAAGAAUGGCUCUUAUCAAAUUAUUGCAAUCUCAUGUACAAUAUUUGAAGGACAAAACUCUUGAUCACGAGAAUGAAAUUCUCCGCGCUGCUCACGACAUGAAUUGUCAAAUAACAAGGAUAAAACAUUCGUUGGCAGUGGCGGCAGCGCAAUACGACGGCUGGUUAGCAGCCAGUAUAUUGGGAUUGCCUACCUGCGUCACCCUGCAGGCAAAAGGGAUGACCGUUUUAAUGAAAGAAUGCCGCGCCGAAAAAAUCACUUUCACUACGGAGACUACUACCUGCGGCCCUCAACCCAGGUAUGAAAAUUCUACAAUAUCACAAAACGGAUGGGAGCUUACAACCUACCAACCUUGUUACUGGUCCGACCAUUACGUCAACUUCAACGGUAAACAUUACGUGUACCGCAACGACACCUGGAAGCUGGCUGAAGCUACCGUUAUUCCAAUGGAGCAAGAUUGGCCGGUCUCAUUUCGUUACAUCGACGACAACAGCUACAAAUAUCAACCAUCGACAAACCCCGGAUAUAAAGCUUUUAUCACCAGCCCAAUGAACAUCAUGGCGGACAUGACAGCAGCUAUGGCGGAGCAAUCCAUUCACUCGGGUGCAGCACAAGAAAUUACUCCACUCACGCCCGUACAAACAAUCAUCAUGACGGCGGCCGAAAAAACUCACGUAUCUGGACAAAUGAGUUGGUGGGAAACGUUCAAACUGAUUUUAUUUAUCACCAGUUUGGUAUUCGUUUUCGCCUUUCUCAUAGCUUUUUUACGAUACUUCGGAAUUUUCGCGCUUAUCUUCGCCAUGUGCUGCAAGCCUCGCCCGCGAAUUCAUUCAUCCCGCGUUCAUCGCCGACGCCGUGAAGAGGUUCUGGAUUCAUCGCCACCAAUAGCACUUCGAGAUCUUCUUCCUCCGCUGAACAACCAACCAAUUUAGUAGAUUACGGGACGUAAUCCAAGGGGCCCCGGAGCCAUGUAAUAGAACGGCGUGUGCGUCAUUUGGCCUACGGCUAUGAUGACGCAUCACACCUGUACAGCUUCCGGUGCAACCCCUUUUCCUCCUCUGCCGUCGCCGGGUUCUUGACCCUUUCUAGAUUGCAUCUUC